CACUGUUCUCACCAAGCUGCGUUUGCCAAAUGGGGAUUCCAUUCAGCUUCACACAAACCACUGCAGCGGGUUCAAGUCAAAAGAGACCACACCCACUAUUCGUUGGCUGCCUGCUUCAUGAUGUUCGGAGCACACGGAAUCUAAACAGUGAAGUGUUGGUAGAGAAGUGAACUAAAACGGAACAUACAGCCAGCCCGGUUACGUUUUAUGUAGCACCGUGCGAAGAUUACACAGCAGCUGCUUUGAACAAGGCUGUCGCUCGUGGCAUUCCGACAGCUGUGGUUCGUGGUAUGUGGGGCGAAUGUUUCUCUGUUGUCUGAAGAAGUCAGCAAUGAGCAUCCUGGCUCACAUCGCUGUCACACGGAGCUAGCCACCUCCAACAUUAUUCAUUUACAAGCGACGAAAGAAUGAAAAGAGACCAUUGUCUUCCUGCCUGUGAAGUGCAGAAAGAAAAUCCCCAGAGAUUCUGAGAUGAAGAAGGACAUUGACACGUUAAUAGCCGAGGAACGAGCGGAAAUCAUCUCAAAGUAUGAGAAGGGUAGACACAAGGAUCUUCAGAUCGACCCUUGGGAGGAUGGAGACUUCAGCAUCUUCAAGUUCACCGACCGCUUUGGUUUCAAACAUGAGCAGGAGCUUCCAACACGAAGUGCGGUGGAGGAGAAGCAAAGGCUACAGGAGGUGGAACGAGUGGACAAGUGGCUGAAGAUGGUGAAGAAAUGGGACAAGUACAGGAACAGUGAUAAGAUGAUGAAGCGUGUGUAUAAGGGUAUUCCUCUUCAGCUGCGUGGUCAGGCCUGGUCCCUGCUGUUGGACGUGGAGCGGGUCAAGCAGGAGAACACGGGCAAAUACGAGAGAAUGAAGGAGCAGGCCAGCAACUUCUCCACGGAGAUCAAGCAAAUCGACCUGGACGUCAACCGCACCUUCAGAAACCACAUCAUGUUCAUGGAGCGCUUUGGAGUCAAGCAACAAGCCCUGUUUCAUGUGCUGGCAGCAUACUCUGUGUACAACACGGAGGUGAGCUACUGCCAGGGCAUGAGCCAGAUCGCGGCCAUCCUGCUCAUGUACAUGAAUGAGGAGGACGCCUUCUGGGCCCUCUCCCAGCUCCUGACCAAUCAGAAGCAUGCCAUGCAUGGCUUCUUCAUCCCGGGUUUCCCCAAGCUCCAGCGCUUCCAGACCCACCACGAGCAGAUCCUGGCCAAGCUCAUGCCCAAGUUGAAGAAACAUCUGGAGCGGGAGCAGAUGAUGACUGGGAUCUAUACUACCAAGUGGUUCUUGCAGUGCUUCAUCGACAGGACCCCGUUCACGUUGACCUUGCGGCUGUGGGACAUCUACAUCCUGGAGGGGGAGCGCGUGCUGACGGCCAUGGCCUACACGGCCCUCAAGCUGCACAAGAAGCGUCUUGUGAAGAUGUGUCUGGAGGACCUGCGGGAGUUCCUCCAGGAGGAGAUCGCCACCUCCUACUGCACCACAGACGACCUGGUCAUCGAACAGCUGCAGGCCUCCAUGGCCGAACUACGCAGGAUGAAGCUGGACCUGCCUCCUCCAGCAAAGGGAGAUGAGCAGCCCAAGAGGCCACUGGGCCAGGAGCGUCCUCUUCCUGUUCUCCUGAUCCCAGUACAGCCCCCUACCGUCCCCCCUCAGUCAAAAGGCCCGAUCCCCGUGCCCAUCCCUAAGCCUCCCCAUCAGGGCACCAUCACUUCUGACACAACCCCCCCUCCUCCCACCGCACCCCAGCCAGAGCAGCCCCAUCCCCAGCCGGUCUUACCCUCACCUGACCCGGUGAUGGUGCACAACCAGUCCCUGCUGGCGCGAGUGCCGGAGCGGAUGGAGGAGCAGCCCCUGCCUCCCCACCUGUCUACAAAGCCACCCAGUAGCGCAGUGUUGGGAGCAGCCGGUGGUGAUCCACCACCACCACCACCACCACCACAGGACUCAGAGGACCCCUCAGGCACCUGCGAGUGGCCCCCGCCCCCUGUUCAGCCCUUGGACCUGAACAGGCGCAGCGUGGACUCUCUGGACUUCCCCGAUCUCCCCCCUCCACCGCCCAUCUACGCUGACAGCCCACCGGCACCACCCUCGACAACUGCCCCUGCUCCUGCUGCUGCGUGUCCAGGCUUCCCCACCGGCUCCGGUCCGGGGCCCCUGGAGCUCAUCGUGGAGGAGCCGGGGGCCCGCAUCGCCCGGCUCACCCACCCUUUCCCCACCAGCCUGGGGGUGCCCUCCCCCGCAGGCAACCGCCGGCCCUCGGCUACCUCGCAGUAUGACAACCUGUCGGAGGCCAGCAACCUGUCGGAGCCCCUGGUGGACACGGAGGACGAGGAGGAGGACCGGCAGCUGCAGAGGCUGCUGAGGCAGGCGGCCAACCUGCCCAGCAGCGCCACCAAAUCGGGCUACGACGCUCAGGAAAGCCUGGGGAUCCGCUCCGGCCUGGUACCUCGCCUGGAGGACUUCUCCACGUACCCUCCGCCACCGCCUGGUUUCUGUGGUCUUGAGGAGCAGGAAAGGUCAGCGGACCGCCCUCCACCUCCCUCAGGCUACCACACCCCACCGCCCCCACAGCUGCCCCAGGAGCUGGAGUACCAGGGCCAGGACGGCUGGGUCACGCCAGACUCCGUCUUCCCCGUGCCCCCUCCGUGUUUCGCUGACCGCCUCAGCUCCCUUCCCCCACUCCCCACACUACCCACCAGCGCCUCCUCCCCCAGGCCCUGCCACCACUCGGCCAGCCGAGAGGCAGUGCGGCUGGGGGCUCACAUCCACCGCAGCCCCCCCUCGGAGCAGCGGUCGGCCACCGGGCCACCGGGCGGACCUCCGCCCACCUCCCUCAAACCCAACAGACAGCCACCAGCAGCUGGGGUGCGGGUGGCGCUGACGCCAGACACGGACUUCUACCGCCUCCAUGCGCAGAACCAUCACCUGCCAAAGUCAGUAACCUUCUAAAAAGCCAUAUGAACAUCAAUGAGAACAACCAGUUACCUUCAUUUCAUAUAGACAUAUGGACAACAAUCACCGGACAAAGACGGUGACUUUCUAGAAGCCAUAUGAACAAUACCCAUGAACAAUUUCUUUUGUUUCAUAUUAACAAACUUGGAUAUUGCUUGAUAAAUUCUUACAAAACAUUUUCCAAAGUUCACAUUCGAAAGAGCCAUAUGGUCACCAAUGACCAACAAUUACCUUCGUUUUAUAUGAUCUGAACAUUAUGGACUUCUGGGUUACAUGUGACGUUAUGUUUCCAAAGAUUGGUUGUGUUCUGUUCUGUGUUCUGUGCUUUGUUUUGUAUUUGGCUGCUUUUGUUACUUUGGUUUGUAUAGACAUAUUUUCUUUUCUUUUUUAACCUUGGGAUCAAAAAGUUUUAUAAAAUAUUUUUCGUUCAGAAGCUGGACUUGUAUGAAGGACAUAUUUAAUAGUAAGACUUGAGCGUCUUCCAAAACGUUUGUAUUAUUCUUAUUCUUUGGUGUAUGCGUGCAUGUUUUUGUGUUCUUGCAUGCUGAGGAUGGGGUUGAGUGCAUCCUAGUGCAAGUCAAGUCCCUUUAAGCAGUAUUACUGUCAGCAACAGCACUGGGAAAUUAGCCCAUCUCCAUGUUCCAAAAAGAUGGUUUAGUCGACUCGCAACCCAACUCAAGCUAAGUUAACUCGGCAUGAGUAGUCAACUUCCUAAUAAAAAAUAAUUUCAAUUUCGUCCUUCAACGAAAACAAAACCACAGGGCUUCUCUUUUCCUAGAAUUACAAAUUCCUCAAGGUUAACAUAGCCUGCACAGUAUUCCAAGUAUGUGGGUUAGUGUCUAAGCCAGCUAUGAUGACUGAGAGAAUGUGGUAGCUAUCUAAGAGAAGGCCCUUAUGAGUCUAUUUGCUUUGAGAGAGAAGCCUUACGGGUGAAAGAGCCCUUAAGAGUUGUGUAAAGUACAAGUACUCUUACAUGUGUAAUUACUAUUAGUAGUAUGAUAUUGCAGUUAAGACCAUGCAAUAUCAUACCACAAGUGUUGUAAUUACACCUGUAAGAGUACUUACUUCUACUUUAUACAGCUCUGCAUGCCCUCUACUAGUUGAUCUACCACCAGCCCAGAGUUGACACACCUAGUUAAGUAGCUAAACCUGCUUUCUAAAGUAACCCAGAGUCCUCCCAGUUUCCUUCUCCUCCCAUAACUGCCAGCCAGCCUGGAGCUGUUAGUGCAGCCAAAGCCCCAACCUCAGCCCCAGUGUCAGCCGCCUCACCACUGACGUUAUAGACACCAGCCCCAUGCCAGCUCUCCUGUGCUGGUCUACUUACACGUACCGACCGUACGUUACACCCAGAGCACUGUUGCUUUUUCUUACGCACCUUUUGUGUCAUGGAAGUCACACCUUUAAAAAGAACACACACACAUGCGCGCGCACUCAAACACACACCACACCAAGCACGCCAAAAACCUAAUCUGCUCACACUUCCUGUUUGAGAGUGUGUCAACGAUGAGCAAUACUUCCUGAGUCCUGCCGUCAUUCUCCUUUUUGUUUGUUUUGGUGUCACCUUCAAUUGUGAAUACAGCAUCUUUGUAAAACUUCAGCUUUUUUGAUACUUCAGUGAGUUUUGUUUAAAAGGAAUACUGUAAGCCAAAUGUACAGACCUAAGACAGUGGUGUAAUAUAUACUGUAUCUAUGAAGAGACGUUUAAAUAUCAGGUAUAUCAACAGGGGCACCUUUUAUGUGAAAGCAAGGCUUUAAAGCUGGGACUGACCCAGAUUGAGUCGUAGAUGGAUGGAUAUCUGUUGUACCCAUGCAUGCUGCCAUUUAUGUGUGAAGUUCCACACGGGAGUAACAGCCAAGUGCCAUUUCUGAAGCAAUAUCGCCAUCUGGUGGACGUUCAUAAACACGUUUACUUUAAACUUUUUUUUUUCUUUUUGCUUUUCUUUUAAUUUUGUUCCUUAUGAAGGUUAGUUGAUGCUUUAUUAUUUGUAAUUUAUACUACUAUGUUUUUGUUACUACUUUUGUAUCCCUGUUUGUUUUGCGUGUAAUGGAAGUAUUUAAGUUUUCAGCAUGAGUGUCUCAGGUUCAUCCUUGUGUGAAGGAAGAGAGGAGCUCCAAGCCAAAGGCCAAAGGCUUUCCUCUGAUCUCUUGAAUGGUGUUAUUACUUUAAGAAGGAAAAAAAGACAAAAGCUCAACUCCU